AUGAGCCUGUCAUGCCCGUACCGGCACGUCUCAUAUGCGACAUGGCGUCUCAAUGUAAUUCGAACUUUGUGUCAAUCCUUCGACGAGCCUCGCCCCAGUCGGUCAGCCCUCAUCCGACGAGAAUAUCAACGACCUUAUGUACGGAAAGCUAGUAUUUCUAAACCCGCAGCAGCUAGGAAUGGUGAUAGUCCAACCACAAACGAUGGAUCAACACCGGCAAUCCCGCCUGCUGCGGCAUCGACCAAGAAAGAUACCCGCAAAGGCGAUCCUUUCAGUCCUUACAGCGAGCCCGGCCGUCAAGCCAUCAAGGAUUUACUAUCGGAUCUGAAGAAAGCAAGCAAGAAGAUUCAGUUGGGAAACGAGAAUGGAGAAUCCUUUCGCUUUGGACUACACAGGUCAUUGAAUCUUGACUCAUUCGGAGACACAAAUACGCAAGACAGCACGUCCGAGCGUCCUUCGAUUGAUCUGCCACUGCGCAAGUAUCAUUCCACGCAAGGAGAGUCUCUAGGUGCGACAAGUCUCGAGGGACACCAACCUGUUAGAGGCUCGCUCACAGAGCUUCAGGAAGAAAGCAAGAAUGUCCACCGCAGGGAUGGAAAAGGCGGCAGUUCACACCUUGCUGGACAAGAGCCACCUCCGACUCUAAAGUCGCCCAUCAUCGCACAGGUCGCUAACGCGGCGAGGAGGCGGGAGGAAAGAAAAGAGCACCCAUCCUAUCGACGCAUAAAAGGAUUGAAGAAUAACCCCUUCGCUGAAAUCCUCGCAAGCCCCAUCCGUCAGUGUCAAGGUAGUGGCGCAAGACUGCCAUCCGACCUUUUGCUGGACUUUGGAUACGUCAAGAACCAAAAAGACGGCAAGAUAUACCUGAUGCCAGCAGAGCUUGCGGACGUGGAUGCCUUGGAAGCAAAAUUAGUAGCAGAACUGACGGCAUUGGAGGAUCAGUCACGAAUUCCCGACAAUGGCAUGGAGGUGAAAGGUGACACUGGAUCCGCCGGCAAGGAUGGCACGAUGGAAGACAUCGGCGACGCACAAGGCCCUGCAAGCAGUUCAAGGGAAGCAGCUCAGAAGACCACCAACCAUCUCGCAACAACUCGAAGAUAUACCCCUGUACAGAGCCGCCUGUUGUCCAAUAUUACUUUCCUUCGUCUGGUGACCAACAAAAUAGUCCAACCUUCCAAGAAAGCAACCAAAUUUCCGGCACCGGCCACAUUCGAGACGAUAGCGGGCAAGGUGGGCAGUCUGAUCCACUUCGACGCCCGUAUGUCCCACUCAAAUGCACAGCAUUACCUACAAAACAAGAAUCGAUUUGACUCCACAGUCGGCGGCCAAGAUGCAGUCACAACGGACCCCGAUUCACCUCCAGCCGAGCAAGCGAAAGCAAGGUUCAACAUGAACAAGUUACAAUGGCAGGCAGAUAUAUCUGUGCGGAUUGCAGGGAUCAUGCGGAAACGCAUUUGUGCUGCAUUGAAGUUGCUGGCUGACUCGGAGUCUGCCGCCAAGUCUCAGCCCUUGCCCACGAGGCCGUCCGGGGCCAUUCCACUGCCAUUCCCUCAGAAUGGGGUGUUCUUGGGUGAUGAACUGCGGCGAUUGACGAGGGCGGCAUCAUCUAAUACCGCUUCUACUAGCCCAAAGAUUCGAGCGGUUUCAAGCGAACCAAAACAGGGUCCGUCCUCACGCGGUAGCUCUUCCGCCGCCUCAGACGCUGACCUUCCCGUCCCUCCGCCACCCCAUCCCUUUCUCCCGAUCCAAGAAGCAGAGUAUCACCCCCUUGGCCAUUCAGAGUGGCUCCCAGGAAGCAUCUUCCUCCGCAUCGGAGAGGAUGACGUUGAGACUCCCACCUCCUCAGACUCUUCAUCAUCGUCCCUCCCCCCAUUACCGUCAAACAACCCGCUGGUACCUCCCAUGAUCUCCGUCUUGGAUACAUAUCGAUUCCCGGUCUUCUCCCUCCAUGCUCUAUUCACCAAUGCCUCGGCGCCUGAAACCUCCGACCUGGAAGACCUCAACAGUCUAAUAAGACGAGACUCGAUCUUCCAACAUCCCGACCAUCAGAUGUCAGGUGGCGAACGCGAUACAAGACGCCCAGGCCAUCUUCUCCUAAUCCUUCCCGUACCCGGCCCAGCCAAGGCCGUCAUCGAAGAAGUCUGGCGUCUUUGGCGGUAUUUGGGUGGCAGGAACAUGGAUUUCUCCUUUUUCUCUGAGAAUGAAGGAGGGUCGGCGGGCGCGGACAACAACAACAAAAGCAAUCAUUAUAAGGGGAAUGAGGAUAUGGAUAUGGAGCACGACGACGAAAAGAGCCGACCCGACCGCAAGGUCAAUCGUCACGCUGGGGCCAGAAGAAAGGACAAAUUGAACGGAAGACCUCAGUUGCGGGCGUCGUGGCAGUAG